AUGUGCGCUACGACGACGUCGUUGACAUCACGCACAUGUGGACGCGCCCACGUUAGACGCUUCGCCGCGGAGGCCGCUCGCCCCGGCAGCAAGGGAAGCAACACAACGAAGAAGGAAGAAGACGAGGAAGAGUGGGUUGAUCCGCCCCACAUCGCCGAGGCCAAGCAGCGAUUGCGAACCUUCGAGAAGGAGGACCUCUACGCGGUGCUGGGCGUCGCUCCCGACGUGGACAGCGAGGGCAUCAUCACGGCCUACAACGAGCGUGGUGCUGCCUUGGCCUCGGCGCCCGACUUCAGCACCAAUGCUGAGCUCAAGGCCCAACUGCAGCGACUCAAGCACGCUACGGAGGUGCUGCUCGACCCGCCACAGCGGCUCGAGUUUGAUGCGCAGCGGCGUUCGGUGCACGAGGCGCUGCGGCGGCUGGAGGUGGACCCCAAGUGGGCGCGGGGCAAGGUGAGGAUGGUCACCGUGGGCCGCACCUUCCUCUUCACGAAGCAGGUGUGGGCGUUCGGCGUGUUCCUGGCCAUGAUGGGCGUCUUCACCUACAUCGCCAUCGAUUUCGCGCGGCGCAAGGAGGAGCAGCUCAAGCGCCACGACCGAGCCACGGUGACCCGCAAGGGCAGCCCCACGCAAGAGCAGCCCCACAGGCGCACGCCAGUCACACCCCCUCCCGCUGCCGCUGCCGCCACAACCACAAUCCCCACACCAACAGAGAAAGAUGCGUGA